GGCCUUAUUUGGUUUUCCGCGCUACUAUGCCUCAGUCCGCGUUUGAUAGGAUUGUCACUCUCAUAAAUGAGGCAUCUUUAGCACAUCUGGCAAGUGUCAAGGUGUCUAAUUUGCUUCAAGUGAAAGAGCUACUGAUACACCGUGAAUACUCCUUACUGGAUAACUUUUUUGAGGAGGUUGUCAAAUUUCAACAUGAUCCAAACGCAGAAGUUAAAAGGGCAGUAAUCGGUUUCAUUGAGGAUGCUUGUCGGGUUGAUACGGGUCUUCUAAAACGAGCAGUGGGAUCUCUGUUCUAUCUUUUCUCAACGGCAAUACAACAAGAUCCUCCAUCUGUUAGUUUACUACGAUGCCUCACGGCGGCAAUGAUACCUAUUUAUCGGAUUGCAUUAUCUCGUGCCAUCAAAGUUGGAAUAAUUGAUUCUGGUGUGUCAAUGAGCGGUGGUUGUGGAAUAAUCGCCAAUUCAACUGCUGAUAUAGCUUUAGAAACAUUUCGAAGCGUUGCUGGACUUAAAGAUGAAAUCGUUCGGUUGAUGUUACCUUCAGAAGUUUCUGGAACAUCGGUUUUUGGCCAGUACCACCCUUCAUUGUUUAACGAUGCCAUAAGAAUCCAAGCAAUCAGUCUUAUUGAAUGUGUAAUUAUUCUCCAUUCACGUCGAUUGCCUAAUUCUGAAAUACCACGUGAAAAUGAAGGUGAUUUAUCUUUGGAUCAAAUUCCAGUGCUUACCAACACUCAACUGCAAGCCAUCCUUGAAGCUAGUACAGCAGCAUCUUCAGCUACACUUCUUCCAGGUGUUUGUUUAGUUCGACCUCAUCGAUUAGCUGAAGAAGCCGAACGUUUAUUUAUCGGAUUAUCAAGUUGGCCAGUACGCGGGAAGCCUAGUAUGUCUUCUGGAUCGGUCACAUGUCCAGUUCUUGAAUCAGUCAUGGAUUCACUAGUAAAUAUUGCAAAACAAAGACCUCAAUUUAUGGACCGUGUUGUUCAAGCAUUUGAAACAGUUCAUGUAACAUUACCACCUCAUUUCUCGGAUAAUCAAGUUAGUUCGGUGCGGAAAAAACUGAAAAACGGUCUGCUACAGUUACUUCGACAUCCAGCUGCUGUAUCAGAUUUUCAGGGUCGAAUUACUAUAUUGCUAACUGAUCUUGGAGCUACUCAUGCAGAAGUUCUGCAAGCAUUGCAAAGUCAUACCGAGUUAUCUCGUGCACGUCUUUAUCCAGACCCAAGCACAUUUAUGCCUAAUCGUUCGGAUCCAGAUUUUGUUGAUCAUGGUGAUGUGGAUAUGAGACAACAACAACAACAACCUAGUAUAUCUCCCAUUAUACCAUCCCAACCUACUGUAUCUGUGGCCCCUAGCAGUUUACCUGCUACUGAUGAUAAAUUGUCACUCGUUACUCACGUACAAGCAACUUUUCCAUCAACAGACAGUACAAUAGCAUCUUCUGGGUCUGCUACACUUACAAGUUCCAGCAAAAUACAAGAAGAACCUCAGAUACCUGCAUCAACGGUACCAAUAACUUCAAAUGUUACCCCAACGUCUUGUCAGCAAAAUCAUCCCAUAACUUCUAGUGGUUUCACAUUAGCUGAAGCGGAAGCAGCUCUCCGAUUUGAUGAUGACGACGAUGAUGAUGAAGAUGACGAAGACAUUCAAAUACCACGUUCAUCUAGACGGCUGAGAAAGAGAGCGCGUAUUUCUAGUAGUACGACUAGUAGCGGUACAAAGCACACAUCAUCAAAAGUUAACUCCAGUGAUGGUAAAUUUCGGACACCUGUUAUACCAGAAAUUGAUUUAAUUACAACACAAGUAGUGCCUAAGCUAACAACAGCUAAUGUUGCUGAUCUCGUUUUACUCAGUAUGGUUACCUUACCUGAUCAAAUGCCUGCUUCAUUUCACUCGACUUAUACACCUAUAGCAGCAGCCGGGACAUCAGCGCAAAUUCACCAUUUAGCACGUAUGCUUGCUGUACAGUUAACUGUUUGGGCUGGUGAAGGUGGACAGUAUGAAGUUUUAGAUAGAAUAAAUCAGUUAGAGUUGUUAUUAAUUCCAGUUGAUGAUAAUGAUGCCAGCAACCAAAUAAAUCGCAAACGUACUUUAAAGUCUGAGUCACGUACUUCUAUUGAACAAGGUGGUGAUAUUCAAAAAGAAUCUGGUAAAUCUAAGAAGCGACGUAUGCUUUUAAAAGGUGACCAGACGUCUGCUGAAAAUGAUCCUGAAGCUGAGGAUGCUUUAAUCAGAGCUAAUGCUGCUCGUAAAAUGCAUAGCGCUCAGACAAUGAAUAUAUCUACUCUUGUUGGAUAUAAUAUUCAACAGGUGGCAACCAAUGAAUCAAUAGAUCUUAAUAUACCUCCACCUGGCUUAACUGGUCUUGUUUCAAUGUUUCCUCCUUCUACUUUAUCUUCUGUGCAAAAUACAAUGGUCAUGCCUCCAACAGUACCAAAUAUGAUGGUUCCUAAUUUCAAUCCAUCACAACCGCCACCACCUUUAUUACCUAUGAUGAUGAUGAUGCCAACAAUGGUACCGACACAAUCACAAACUCAAACCACAUUAGGUGUUGUAGCUGGUACACCAUCUAAUUUAUCUGUUCCUUUCAAUCAAUUUACAAACUCAUCGCUACCUAUGCCUUUGAAUGCAAUCCCUCAAUCUGAUUUAAUUGCCCCAACUCCAGUCCGUCCGUUCUCAUUGGAUGCUGUAACUACUUUCCUGAGUCGUGAUGUACAACGACAACUUGCUCGUGACGCAUUUAUGCGUAUUCUAGAAGGUUUGGGGAUUUCAUUCAUUCGUCGUCAGUCCCUUACUGAUGGCACAGUUGUUCCUACACCAGGAGCAACAGAUUUACUAUCAGGUCAAUAUGAUGUAAAUAGAAUGAAGUUAUUAACUCGUUUAACAACACGUCGGUUUGGUGGCAAUGAAUUUUAUAAUAUACUUAUUGAUCAUGCCAUCCAAAAUCUUCGUUAUGGAUUUGAACUGUUAUCAAAAUUAUUAAUGCAAGAAUAUUGUCGUUAUCGUGGUUUUCAAUUGAUCGGUUUCGGUUCAUUUUUGGAAACACGUCGUCAUCAAUUAUCUGUGAUCCGGGAACAAAUUCGUAAACGAUUCGAAUCAUCUACCUUAGAAAAUAGUGUUGUUGUCAAUUCCGUGGUUGAUUCAAAAAGGAAUGACGAUAUUACUGAGGAUGACAAUCUACAUAGUAACAAUGCUGUCCAUUCGGAAAAGUUGACAAAUACAGAAAACAAAGAGGCUACCAAUUGUACUGAUACCUCAUCUAUUGAUAAGAUUUCCAAUGUGAACAAGAACAGAUCAGAGUGUUUGCCAAAAGAUGCAAGUAAUAGUGAGAAGAAAGUAAAGCGUGAGAACAAAAACAAAAAAGAUGAUGAAGAGGAACCAGAAGCAGGAGAAGAUGAAGAAGUGGAAGAAGCGGAGACGGAGCAAGAGGUCGAUACUAAAAGCGCAUGUAAAUCUAAUUUGAAACAAUUAAGAAAUACUGGAGAUGUAAAGUCGACUAAAGAAAAAUUAAAUCUUUUGAAAGUGUCACUGGCACCACCGGAUGAUUUAGGCUGUUUAUCAUUUUACGAUUGCUUGUUGAUUGCAAUUCUUCAGAAAUUAUCCAAUCCAGAUCUACGUCAACACUACUUCAGCAGAUUUCUAAUUGAGGCACCUCUUUUAACUCCUGGUGCAAUAAAUGAAUUGAAACGAUAUUGUUCAUCACCAGAUCAAGCAACUUAUGGAUUUGAGAUAUUGCGUACAUUGAUCGAAACACGUCCAGUUAGUCAAAGAGAAGAUCUUUUGAAUAUGUUAUUACAUUUUUGUUCGGUGGAUGCAUUAGAAAUUCGCAAAGCUGCAUUAACUGCUACAAGAGAACUGGCAAGUUCCGAUCCUAGAUGGCAAGAUCACAUAGAGAUGUUCGCUGUACAAAUGCUUAAAAAGCUGUUACAACCUCGUCCAAGUCCAGAUAUUUUUCCAUUUCUUAAUCAGUCGUCAAUACCGUCAAGUUGGACAGACGAAGCCUGUCAAGCUUGUGCACACUUAUUUCUUGGUUUAAUGCCUCAAAGCCCUGGACUUAUGCAUCAGUUGGCUGAAGUUUAUACUCAAGCUUGCCCAAAUAUAAAACGAUGUUUACUUAGAAUGGUUGAUUUACCGAUUCGUGAUAUCGGGAUUUAUUCAGUAGAUCUUCAUAAUUUAGUUAGUGAAUGUCCAAAUGGUGCAGAAACUCUCAUAACACGUAUGAUACAUAUUCUUACUGAUUGGCCAUCAGCUGCCAAUGCAGCUGCUGCUACCGCUAAUUCAUUAAGUGUUAAUACCAGUAAUACAUCUGUUCCAUCAUGUUCAACUCCAACUAAAGUCCAAACAACACCUCUUAGUCCCGGCAAUAAUACUCAUCAAAUCGGACAAUUAUUAAUUGGACCAGCUGUAAUUAUUCCACCACCUUCAUUAGUUGAACGAGUUUAUCGUUUAUAUGAAGAACGUGUACAUGAUGUUCGUUGCCUUAUUCCUGUAAUUGUUGGUCUAUCUAAACAGCAAGUUAUAAAUGCACUACCUAAAUUAAUACAAUUAAAUGAAAAAGUUGUAAAAGAAGUAUUAACUCGAUUGUUACAUGCAAGUGUAGCUACUCAGUAUGCUCCACAAAUUAAAGGUGUCAGGAACAUUCCAUUUAAUUUAAAUGAUCAACCUUCUCCUCUUGGUCCUUUAAAACCUGAAGAAUUAUUGGUCGCUAUUCAUUUGUUGGAAUUUGCCAAAGAUCCUUCAGCACCGCCCUCAUCAAAUGAAGGUAAAUCGACAAAACCUUAUGUAAACCUUCAAUCUAUACUUCAUGCAUGCCGUGUUUGUUUUGCUGAACGUCGAUUGUUUACACAAGAACGUCUAUCUGUUGCAAUUGGCCAACUUUUAGAACAACCUGUUCUGCCUACUCUAUUUAUGCGUACUGUUAUGCAAGCAUUAGCUUUACAUCCUCGAUUGGCUGGUUAUGUAAUCAAUGUAUUGGUUCGAUUAAUUCGUAAACAGGUAUGGAAAAGUGAAAAACUUUGGGAUGGAUUUAUUAGAUGUUGUGCAAAGACUAGACCGCAAAGUUAUCAAGUUCUAUUACAAUUACCACCGGAUCGUUUGGAAGCUGUAUUUCAAUGGGAACCAGCUAUGCGUGGUCAAGUAAGACGUUAUGUCGAAAAUUUCUCUUCAGCUCAACGCAUUCAUAUAUCUAAAGCUAUUGUUGAAGUUUUAGAACAUGUUCCCACUCCUCCUCGUUUACCAACGCCUGAAGUUCAUCCUAAUAAAACUAACAGUGAUUUAGAAACACAAGAACAAGGUAAAAUUAUAUUAUCGACAAAUAAUAGUCCCUCUUCAUCUGGUCCUGGUACACCGACACGUGAUGAAAUACCUCACUUUGAUACACCAUUUAUCGCUGCUGCAAUGUUUGCUCAACAGCAACAGCAACAAAAUUCUAAUAUGAUGACAUCAUCCAGAGAAUCAACAGUUUCCACUGUAAUUGAUAAUCAAUUUCAGAUUCAUUCAUUUACAUCUCAUUCUAUACAACCAAUAGGUUCAUUUAAUUCUGGUUCUAGUCAAUCAAAUCUUCAUUCAUCAUUACUUCGAUCUUCGCCUUCCUCUAUAUUACCAUCAUUAUCAGAACCAUUAGUUCAGCAAAAAAACUUAUCGUCAUUUUCUAAUAUAAUUGAAACUAAUCCUGAUAUACCUGAUGAUAAUGAUAUGGAUCCAACUAUGGAAGAUUUGUUUGAAGCUGAUUGUCAGCAACAACAAUCACAUACAAAUUCGUUAGAUGAAUAUGAUGUAAUGAAUCAUUCACCUCCACAAAUUACUAUGGACGUAUCACAACAGUUGAGUAAACAUUUUAAAUCGAAACCGUCUUUAGUAUUACAAGAGAUUGAAAAUGAUCCAUUAGAUUUUGAAGAAAAUUCAGAUCCGAUUACUGAACGUAGUGCAACUUAUUCAUCAUCAUCUUCAAAGAUCCGUCAGUCUGGCUGUACUGAAAAAUCUGAUGUCGGCGAUGAUAAUGAUGAUAUUACUGUUCCAUAUAAUGAUAACCACAUGAACAAAGGCUAUUGUUAUGAUGAUGACGAUGAUGGUGAGCCACCUAUACUUCCUGCUUCUCGUAUUGACUCUGUAACUAGUUUGAAACGUUGGCAUGAUACUGAAGUUAGUGAAGUUAGAUCAACCUCUGAAGACUUGAAUAACAAACAAUUCAACAUACUUGCUGAUGAAGGAAGUCAUGAAAUUUCCAAGUCUUCUUCAGUUACGACGACUUCCAGUAGCCAUCGACCGAAACGCCCAGUUAAUGUAAACAAAUUAGAAGCGGAUAGGAAACGUUUAGAAGAGGAAGCAAUUAAAUAUAGACAGUUAAAAGCUGAGAGAAAACAUCAUCAACAACAACGAAAAGAGCAAUCUUCGAAUGAUUUAACGGGAAUUGAAUAAACGCUAAAUAAAAUUAUAUCUCUAACUGUUUUGUUUCAGUUUUAGUUGCGUCAUGUACAGUCUAUGCAAUACACGUUAGUGUACUAAUGUAUUAGAUUGUAUUCAUUGUAUCCAUUUGUGUAUGUGUAAAAAGUUUACUUUUUACAGAUGGACAAAUUACUUUGUUUAAACAUCAUUUCUUAGUUUCUAUACAAUUUCGGGAUCUACAUCAAUAUAAAUAUAUUGUGGUCAUUUAGUACCAUUAAACUGACUAACACAAUGUUUGUCUGUAUAAAAAGUGUUCUUUUUUUUAAUCCUCAGUCUUCAUAAUGCGGUGAACCACCGUUUUGUACAGUUUUAUAAAGAAAAAUUUAUCGGUAAGAAAAGCUUUCUGUUAGUUGUUCAUUAUCCAACCGUUUUAUAGUUUUAAUGAAUUAUCCACAAGCUAUCUCACUAAUGUUAAUGAU